UUUCUGUUAUACAAAUGCAAAAACAUCCAGCAAUACUGCUGGACCGCCGAAAGAUUUGUGGUCAGAGGCUGAAUCGUGGGAGCCGACAUGUAAAAAAAAUCAGACACACACUUUCGUCUUCUCAUUCCGUCUCUACCUCACACACAUACACACAAACAGAGAUCAGAGGGAGCUCUUUGGGAAAUGGUGAUUUCCCUGGCCACAGAGUGCAUGAAAGGAGUGUUGCUGACGCAGAGGAAGUUUAUUUACCACUAUAAGAAUGUACGCUGGGCUCGUGGGAGAAACGAGACCUACCUCUGUUUUGUGGUCAAGAAACGCAACAGUCCCGAUUCGCUCUCCUUCGAUUUUGGACACCUGCGCAAUCGCUCUGGAUGCCACGUGGAGCUUCUCUUCCUGAGCUAUCUUGGGGUACUAUGCCCGGGUUUCUUAGGUUCCGGUGUGGAUGGUGUCAGGGUGGCAUAUGCCAUCACCUGGUUUUGUUCCUGGUCACCCUGUUCAAACUGUGCCCAUCGCCUUUCUCGCUUCAUGUCACAAAUGCCCAACCUGCGGCUGCGCAUUUUUGUCUCACGUCUCUACUUUUGUGACAAGGAGGACAGCCAAGAAAGAGAGGGACUCCGGUGCUUGCAGAGUGCAGGUGUGCAGGUGUCCGUCAUGACCUACAAAGAUUUUUUCUACUGUUGGCAAACCUUUGUCGCUUGUAAAGAAAGGGCUUUUAAGGCUUGGGACGGCCUUCACCAGAACUCUAUCAGACUGUCCCGGAAACUACAGAGAAUCCUGCAGCCUAGUGAGACUGAAGACCUGAGGGAUGGCUUUGCUCUGCUGGGACUCUGAUGACAUGACAGUUUACACGACAAUGAAUUAUGGUGCUGUAAAAACAAAAUUCCUGAGACUUGAAUCACUGAAACAUUAAUCAUUUUUUACUUUUAAUAGCAUUACAGUUUUGAUUAAAAGCGUUUGGGGGCGCUGUGUCCGUGCUACUUUUCAAAAUACUACAAUAAAGUUUUUGUAUGACGAG